CAAAAAAAGAAAAUAGUAUAUUAAACGAUAAUAUAUAGGUAUCAUUUAACAUCCUAAUCCAGAUAUACCUAGUUAGUUUUUUAAAUACUGAAUUCCUGUGGUUAAGUUAUAAGUUGGGAUAAUUGGGCACUUGGAUAUCUUGUGUGAAACGACCUCAUAGUUCUAGAAAAUAUUGACACGUCAAUAACAGAGUAUAAUUGGAGCCGUACCUAUGCAUUUAGCAGCUUUUGUGUUUCUUUUACAAAUGAUAAAUUUGUCACUUUGUCAAAAUUUGAAAGAGUGCAUUUGUCUACCAACUAAAUUGUGUGCAGACAGCGAUCCGUCGCAGGAUGGUGAAGGAUUACUGGACAUCAGAAUUAACAAGUGUUCAUAUUUUGAGGUGUGUUGUGGGAAUCCCAUAGAAGAGAUCAAACAAUCAAUCCUAAAAGAGCAACAACUAUAUGAAUCAGCAUGCGGUUAUCAAAAGAUUAUUGGUGCAAUGUCCAGAAUAACAUCGGACUCAGAAAAUUCUCUGUUUGGUGAACUGCCCUGGGCAGUUGUGUUAUUAUUAAGAGAUGUUGGAAAGACAGACAGAAACAUGUAUUUGUGUGGUGGUUCUUUGAUACAUCCUCAAGUAGUUUUAACUGCUGCACAUUGUGUACAAGAUAUAAACUAUGAUUAUAUGACUAUUCGUGUGGGUGAAUGGAACACUAAAUCGAAAUCAGAACCAUUGCCUCAUCAGGACCAAGAAGUGAAGGAUGUGCUCAUUCAUCCCUUUUAUCACCCUGGCACAUUAAAGAACGACAUCGCUUUGGUGUUUCUUGCAGAAUCUGUGUUUUUAGCAGAUAACGUAGGUCUAAUAUGUCUUCCACCUGAGGACUUUGACAUGGAUGGAAUGAACUGUAUUGCUAGUGGAUGGGGCAAAGAUGCCUUCAACAAUGGCAAACAUUCAUCUAUUCUGAAGAAAAUUGUACUGCCUAUAGUCUCCAAAGACAAAUGCGUAGAGUCCUUGAGAAGUACGAGGCUGGGGUCGUACUUCAAUUUGCACAGAAGUUUUAUUUGCGCUGGAGGCGAGAAGAAUAAAGACACUUGUAAAGGUGAUGGUGGCAGUCCUUUGAUAUGUACCAUACCUGGGCAACCCAAUAGAUACGUACAAGUGGGUAUCGUUUCCUGGGGUAUAGGCUGUGGAGAAAACAAUACACCGGGUGUUUAUGUUAAUUUACCUAUAUUCAGGAGUUGGAUUGACAGUGAGCUGGCAGACAGGAAUAUGGAUGGAAUAUUUUACACAUAUUAGGUGUAAUAUUAAAUUAUUGUAGUGCAGUUUAUCUAUGUAUUAUUGACGAAAAUAAAUAUUAAUAUUUUAGUACAA